AUGAUUACAUAUCCAGAGUAUAAAAUCAAUAAUCAAACGAUUUUACAAGAACAAUUUGAUGAGAAUUAUGAACCUACUGACGACGAAAUCCGCGAAUAUGCAAUUUACAUUGGAAUCAAUCCAGAUAAAGAACGUCAUCUUCUGUGGUUAGCUAAAGAAGGUAUUAUGAAACCUUUACCACCUGGUUGGAAACCAUGUCAAGAAGAGAAAGGAGAAUUAUAUUAUUUUAAUUUUGAUACUGGCAAAGCAUCAUGGGAUCAUCCAUGUGAUGAAAUUUAUAAAACACGAGUUACUGAAGAACGACGAAAAUUAUCUGGAUCAAACACAUUACUCAAUACGAAUCCAAGAGACACUCUCACUCAAACUGGCAGAAGUACAUCGACCGUAAGUGAUUAUUUAUCAGGUGGCAAAAAAUCAUUUCAAAUGGGAACUCAUGUUAACACACCGGUUGUGACGAGAACUGAAGCACAAGCUAAUAGAUUAGAUGCUCAAUAUGUAAAUAGUGAUAAUGAUGAAAUUGAAGAAUUGAUGAACAGCGACAAUGAUGAUGAAGAACAAAGUAGCGAUGAUUUCAGAAGAAGAAUUGAUUUCGGUAUUGACCCUUUACUUUCGGCACGUAUCGAACGAAAAGAAAAAGAAGCCAUUACAACAUCAACAAUGUCUGCAUCUCGUACAAUGAAUUCAUUCGAACAUACAGACAGAAAAGUUGAUAAUAGAAAAGAUUCUCCGAAUCAUAAUAAUGAAGAAAAUGUUCGAAAAAAUCGUGCUGAAAUAGCAGCGGAAGGUGCUCUACGUCAUCCAUCAACUACUAAUGUGAAUAAACAUGACGAUACAUUAGUUACACCACGUGAAGAAUAUGAUCUAACUCAAUUACGAUCACGACUUGAACAAUCAGCUAAUGAAGAAAAAUUACAGAUACUUGAAGAUAAUCGAAUUUAUAUUGAAAGAUUGAACAAAGAAUUAAAGUUGGCAAAAGAAAAAGAAGAACAAAUGUUACGUGAUAAAAUGAAAGCAGAUUUAGCUUCAAUCGAAAAAUAUAUCCAUGAAAAUAUUGCACGUGAAAAAGAUAGAUUGGAAAAUCGAAAACAAGAAGAAUUAAAUAAUAUCAAACAAAACAUUGAAAGAGAAAAGGAAGACUAUCAAAAAAAGUUACGAGAAAGUAUGCAAUCAGAUCUGAAUGUAUAUAAAAAUUCGCUUGAUCAACACAAUAAUGCAAAUACACAAAUUCGUUCUUUACAAGAUAAACUCAAUCGAGAAAAAAGCGAAUUUGAAGAGAGAUUACGUCUAAUAGAAAAUCGGCAUAAAAAUGAAAUUGACGAUUUAAAUCGACGUCAUGAACAAAUCAAAGCUGAUAGAGAAAAAUUAGAACAGCAUUUGAAAGAGAAAGAUAAUCAUUGUUCAACAUUACAGAAAGCCUUAGAUCAACUACGUAAUGAUAAAGGAGCAGUUGAAAGAAAAUUACAAGAUGCUGAAAUACAAUUGAAAGCUAUUGAUGAAAGUCAUCGGCAAAUAAAUUUAUCAAAUGCUCACAGAUCUCUCACGAAUGCCACUGAAAACAACGACGAUGACGACGACGAUGAUGAGGAUGAUGAAAAUUUUGAUCCAAAAAAACUGACUAGCAAAAAUGCAAAUGGUUUUCAUGACAAUGAUGAUGCUGAACGAUUAAGUGACACAGAUAGUGAUGUUGUAGAAAUGGAACAAACAUUAAAAGAACUACGACAAACUCAACGUGACUAUAUGUCUCUUCUUCCGAUAUCAAACAUAGAUGAUAAACAAAAGCAAUAUGCAAAAACAGCAACAGUUGAUUUAACAAAACUAUCGGUUGCUGAUGUUGCUCCAGUUGUAAGAAAUAUUCGUACAAUUAAUCGUAAUGCGCCAAGAAUGUAUGAAUCUUAUGAAACAAUGCCUAAUCAAGUAUUAACCGAUUCAGGAAGAUGGUCGAAUACGAUGAUGUCAACACUUGGUAAUAAUACAAAUUCAUCAGCGAUGUAUCAAACAGCCAAUGGUUAUCAACCGAUACUAACAAAAACUAAUCAUUGGAGUUCACAACCAACUCUUGUUACAAGAGAAGCAGUAUUAAAUGCAGCACGUAAAGUGUUUGCUCCUAAUGUAAUCGAUCAAUUAACAUCAAAUUCAAAAUCAUCAACACAUUGA